UAGGUAAUGAGACUCUUGUAAUGUAUAAGAAACCAGAAAUAGUUUCAGAGCAAUUUAAGAAGAAUAAACUAUCUAAAAGAAAGGGAAAAGAUUCUGGUCAAUUAGAGUCACAGCAAAUAAAAGAACCUAAACAAUUGGAAAUUACUCCAAAUAAAGAAUUAAAGACAUCAAGCUCUAAAAAGAAACAGAAGUUUUCAUCUAUAUAUGGUACUGAAGGAAAAGAUGUAGUUACUCUUCCAGGAAGACAUCCUUGUAUUUGUCAAGCCAGCAAACAUAAACUUAUUAAUAAUUGUAUGAGAUGUGGUCGCAUUGUUUGUGAACAAGAAGGAUCAGGUCCAUGCUUUACUUGCAAUAAUCUCGUAUGCAGUAAAGAAGAGCAAGAAAUUAUUAUUAAAGGUUCAAAACAAAGUGAGAAAUUAUAUACUCAAUUAAUAAGAAAAGGAAAUGGGAACUUGCAGCAAGCACAAAAUAUUCAAGAUUAUUCAGGACUUGAAAAGGCUAUAGAACACAAAAAUAAAUUAUUGGAAUAUGAUAGAACAGUAGAAAAACGAACAUUAGUAAUUGAUGAUGAAUCAGAUUAUUAUUGUUUGGAUUCAAAUACUUGGUUAUCACCUGUUGAGAGAAAAGAACUUAAAAAAAAAGAAGAAGAAAUAUUUGCCAAGAAACAUAAAUCACGUAAUGAAAUGAAGAUUACAUUAGACUUUGCAGGAAGAAAAGUUUAUGAAACUGAUGACAAUGAUUUAGAUAAUGAAUUGAAAGAUUUUAAAUUAUCGAAAGGACCAAAUAAUCAAGAAAGGACUUAUGUGAAUCCAACAAUUUCUGUGAUUCCAAAGUAUGAAAACAGUGAAGAUGAUCAAUAUCCUAAAAAAGAACUUACACUUUGGGAUGAAAACUUAUGGUUACGUAAAAUGAGAAUACAAGAUACUGAACUCCAAAAAAUGUCAGAUGAAGGAAUGUGUCUUAGUGUUCAGCAACCUUGGGCUUCAUUUCUAAUUUCAGGAAUAAAACAACAUGAAGGACGAACGUGGUAUACUUCACAUAGAGGAAGAUUAUGGAUUCAUGCAGGUGCAAAAGUACCAACACAGCAAGAAAUAUUACAGUUAGAAAAUUCAACAAGAAUUAUUAAAGGAGCUAGUUAUAUUAAAUUUCCCGAACAAUAUCCAACUGGAUGUUUGUUAGGAUGUGUGGAUGUAAUUGAUUGUUUACCUCAAGAAGAAUAUCAGUUACAGGUAAAAUAAAAUUCAUGUAUACUAAA